AUGGAGAUCGACCGAACCAGAGCCCGCAGCAGUGUUUGUUACACCUGCUUCCGAUGCGGCAGCCCAGGACACCUGGCCCGGGACUGCCCAACUCCCACCGAUGUCCGGCAUGCCGACGUCCUGGACGAAGUGAUCAAUCAGCUGGGAAGCGACCUGUUGGUGGAGUUAGUGGCCCGGCUAGCGACUACGGCAGCUGUAGAAGAGCAUGAAGCGAUGAUUGCCGACGAGUUGGAGCAGGGUUUUCUCCCCCGCAACGAGUGA